CACCCACACCGUCGCCAUGCCCACCGACGCCGCCGCCGCCGCCGCCGCCUCGUCGCCGUCGCCGCUCCUUCCUCCGGCGCCACCUUCCGCCGCUCGCCGCCGGCGCCGUCGCCUCCUCACGUCCCCGAACCCCUCGGUCUCCUCGACCUCGACGUCGUCGUCAUCGUCGUCGUCGUCGUCGUCGUCGUCCAGCCUCUCCUUCCCGUUCGCUCCCUUCUCGCCGGCGCCCUCGCCGUUCCACCACCGCUUCCUCUCCCCGCUCCGCGCCUCCGCCGUGCCCUUCUCCUGGGAGCACCGCCCAGGCAUCCCCAAGACGCCCGCGCGCCAGCACCAGCACCACCGCGGCGGCUGCGGCGGCGGGAAGGUCUACUCCACGCCGCUGCCCCUCCCGCCGUCCCUCCUCUCCAGCAAGGUGGUGGUCGCCGACGAAGACCGCGGCGGCGCCGACCGCCUCGCCGUCUCCGACGACGACGACGACGCGAAGGCCGCGAGGAGGAGGAGUCGGCGGCGGCAUAGGCGGAGGCUGCUGCAGCGGCCGCGGCGGCCGGCGGCGCUGGCCGCCGCCCUGACGGACUGGCUCGCCGUGCUGAGCCUGUACCGGUCGUGCACGAGGUCCGUCGACUGCCUCGCCGACGCCGGCCAGCCGCCGACGACGACGACGACGACGCCGGCGGCGAAGGCCGGGUGAGAAUUGAGAUACGUACUUUGCGUUGCGUGGACGGGUGGGUGCGAUUAAGAGUGUGAUUUGCGGCGGAUUAAUCAAUAAUCACGUCGAUUUGUGCGACACUGUAAUUAAUUAAGGUGGGUUUUCUUUUCUUGUCUGUGUGCAUGUGCUUGCUCCAACAUAAUUAGUGGAUGGAUUAAUUCGACACGAUUAGUACAGUAGGCUGCUAAAUGACUGUAUGUAUUAGUGCUGCUGCUGUUGCGAUUGGUCCAUUUUUCUUCUUUUUCUUCUUCUUUUCCUUUUUAAGAAAUGUAAUUUGGUCAGUUUGGUCGCUCAUGUCAUGCUAAUAGUAAUCCAUUCUGCUCAA